AUGGGAUUGCUUUUCUGUAGAAUAACUCUCCGGCGGCCGAACAAAGGCAACAAGGGUGCCGGCAGCCCAAUAUCUGGUGGAAGUGGGGAUUUACUCGACGACCCGGGCUUGGCGAAUCAUGUGGAGCUUCCAGAGGAUUUGUCAGGGCGCAACGCGGCGCGACAGCAGGCGGGCGCGAGUAAAACGAGAAAGCGACGGCGGAGAAAACGGCGCAGCUCGUCUUCGUCUAAGAACACCGCUUCGUCUUCUACUGCUUCGAACGAUUAUAGCAAGGAAACCGUGGAUAUCCAACAAAAAAGUGUUAACGUUAACGGUUUUCAUAGGUUGCAGAUAUGCAUGACAGAAUUUGCCUAGUAUGCAUGCUAUGCAUGACAAAUUUGCGCACGUUUUGUGAUGCGUUGCUGCAUCACAAAUUCUGUUAACGUUAACGCUUUUUCCUGUGAUAGUGGAUGACGAGAGAGCAAGCGCCUCGACUGUAUUGGAGAAGGAGGCGACGGGAAAGAAGAAGGCUACGGAAAUCAAGAACGACGAAACGCGGGGCAUUGGCAGUGACAAGCACGCUGGGCCUCCAGAAGAGCACAGCCCCGCAGGUCCUGAUGCGAAACCACCCACACAGGCGCCGGUGGAAAGCAGCGAGAGUGGCAGCGCAACUGCGUCCCCGUUCGAGUUUCUCAAGGAUGAUGAGAAACAAGCGCCGUCAACGCACCUACUACAACAGCUGCCCAAGGAAAGCAGCGGCACCGGCUUCGCCCAGAAGGUAGAGGGGCCCGGGGAUGUGCAAGACCGGGGCCGCCGUACGAAGGCAAGCCACAUCGGGGGCGGUGAAGCAGCUGGCCCCCUUUUCGCUACCAAAGAGCGCGCGGCCGACCCGGAGCAGCGCGGCGACCCCGCCCAGCACAAUGACGGCCAGGGGGAAAAAGACGAGGGCGAUGUGGAUGAAGGCGCGCCCGAGAAAACGGCCGUCGGGGACGAGGGGAUGGAGGGUGGUGCGGUCCGUAUGAAAAUGAAAAGAAAUGCGAGCACCGCAGACGCCGUGCUUGUUCUACUUUGCGUUCCACGCGUUUCUUUGCAGGGGCGGGGAGAUAGAGCUGGUUUGGCCUUCACUUAAUUAAAACAGACGCGCGACAGUGGCAUUAUUUUUAUUUUAGAUGGACCCUAUGUAUAAUGAAGGAGCAUGCUUAGCACUUAUGUCGCCUGCUUGCUUUACAUGAACAGUUUGCGUAUCCAGGGGACAUGACAGCCACCGCAUGCGCAACUGCAAUGCGGACAUGCGACGUGCGAAAGCCUUUCAUUUUCGUCUAGAUAGCCAGCAGGCACUCCGUCAGCUUUGCUCUUAGCGCGAUGCCAGUUGGUAUUUCCUUUCGCGGGGGGACACGCCUUUGCAGUUUUGUCGGGCGCAGCGCUUUUCACUUUCAUAGGGCGCACCAAACCUAGUACUGAAAGCGGACACCGGGGUGCAGACCAUGAUGUGGGAGCCUUCGUGGAAAAAUCCCAUAUCCGAAGUGAACCCGGCAGGCACCUACAGGAUGCGCUCACCAAAUCAGCUCGCCCCAGCCGGCCUUCUGGGCUGCUCGCUUGCAUCGCGUACCACCAUGCGCAGGCGAGAGCGCUUUCUGCGGUGGCGCCCCCCCCUGCCGCGUUAUUUUUGGAUCUUUGUGUUCGCAGGCGGGCCGCUUUUUUUAGGCAUCAGUAAGGACAGGAAGUGGUGGACCGCGGGUCAAAUUUUGCAUGGGUGUUUCUGCCCGCAAUAGAAAAACAAGGCCCGACUGGGGUGUCGCGCGUGUGCCGCCUGUGGCUGUGCACAUAUGGCAUUGCGGCAAACAUAAGCGUCCUGUGGCGCGCCGUUUUCAGAUUUGAUAGCGGGCGCACUCUCCUCGCUGCCUGAUCCUGAGUGCAACAAACUCACAUGGUCGCAGUUUUGCUACGGACCGAAUACACGGUGCAGAGCGACGUUUUGGAUUUUGGCCAAAGGGUGUCGCGUCGUAAAAAACCGUGAGGCGCAGAACGCUCCCGGCGGCGGGCGCCCCGCUGGCGUUGUGCCGGCCCCUUAUCAGCUGAGUGGAAGCAGCCACACCCUUACCGGAAUACAGAUGGCGCAAGACCUUGCAGCAUUGAACAAGCUUGUUUUUAGCCGUUUCGUUCAGCCGAUUUACAACGCAGUCCAUUACGAACGGGCAAAAAAGUAGCGUGGCAGCCAGCAUGUAAACUAGAAAAGCGCAGGUGCGCACGCCUUGCCUGUUGCUUCAUCAGUCUGCCAGGGUGCCCGCAGCGCAUUCGGGAAGGGCCGCACGCUGCGCGCACCCUGUUGAAAGCGCCGGCCGUGGCAGAAUGCUUAUAGCUGUGCCCACCCUCCGGGGAAGUCAAGGCGUGGCGCUUGUGUGCGACGGCUCCGGAAGCCGCAGGCGGCGAAGUAUUAUCCACAGCCGGCAGCGACGCAAGUGCGGCCACGUAUACUUUUUUCCCAGGCAUAGCACGCAAAACACGCCGCCGCCCCCGCUAACAAGGUUGAAGGCGAUGCAGUGUGGGCUCGAAGUGGCUGGGCUCGAGGGAAUAGCGGAGCACUUUUUUGUCGAGGCAGAGUGGCAGGAUCCUCCGCGCGGAUACCCUUGGCGAACGUUAUGGCCCGGGCAGAGAAUUAUUGCCAUCGCGCGCCCCCAAAAGCGACUUGCAGCCAGGCGCCAGUGCUCCCAAAUUCCCGGCAUGAAGCAAGAGAAGCCGCAGCGCCAGGUGAGUCACUUGGUGGGGGGGCGCAGCCCCAGGCCGGCCGCAGUGAGUCAGUUGUUGAUGGUCGGGUGAACUGCGCCCGCAGCCCGUUGCAUUUGUCUGUCAGCUAAGUGAGGCGCACGCACGGAGGGCCUUGGGCAGUCGUGUUAGUUUCAUUUAUUUUGUUAGCUUUGCCGCCCCCGCGCCCGCCCUUUUCAUUCAGCCAGCCUACAACCCCAGUCAGUGGGCGUCGGCCCGCGGCCGCCGCGCCCACCUUCCCUCCGAUGUAUGGUUGGAUGGGGGGAAUGGCGGGCGCCCAUGCCUGCAUCCAUGUGCCCAGCCCCGCUUCCCGCCGGGUCUUCGCAGAAAGGGGGUGGAGGAAGGCGCAAAAACAUUUUCGCAAAGGCGAGCGCCCUCCGGCCUGACAGACACCUGCCAGCCUGCCGCCCGCCCCGGCAGGCGUAGAGUGUGGGCGCUUGGCCUUGGGGCGAGUUGCAGUGAGCACAAGGAGGCUCGGGGCUGCCAGACGGGUGGGGGGCCGCCCCUCCAACUGGGCAGACUGACUAGCGUCGGACGCCGCUUGUUGGCCCCCUCCUUCGGCCAGUGCCGGGGGCCGGCAGGCUGGCACAUCGCCGGGAGGCGGCCGGGUCAGCCUCGAUGGAUGCAUAGAAAGAUAGAAAAGGCGGGCUGGCAGAUGAGCGCGGGCGGGCGUCUUUGGCACUCCUGGGGGCCAAUGCAGGCGCGCCCAGUGUUUUGCGCCCUAGCUGCCGCGGGCCUCUUGGGACCGCCCAAUCCAUCGCAACGCGAUUCCGCGGGGGCAGUCGGUAAGCCGCACAGCGUGGGCCCCCCGUGCCCGCUGCUACAAACUGGCUGAAGCAGACCGAUGCAGGGGCGGGCGCGUGGCGUGGCAGGUCGCCGUUAGUUGCAGGAGGGGCGGGGGGCUCAAAGUGCAUGCCUGGCGCCGCGUAUCUUGCUUCGCGGGAGUGAGAUUGAUAGCCCUACCUGCUAGCCCCGGAUCCUUGUGCGCCAUAUAAUAUAGUGCGCAGGCCCCCGGGCCUGGGCGCGUCGGCCUUGGUAGAUUCACGGUCGGCGCUCGGCAUUUGGCGCGCGGCCACCCAGGCUGGCAGCCUGCCAGCAGCGCCCGUUCGUUGCCUGCUGCGAAGGUGUGUUGGGCCUAAGAGGUGUCCGUGGGCGCCGCUCCCAAUAGCCUAACCCGCCGGCCGUACUUGGGCCACCGGAGAGAAUGGCGCCGCGCGCCGUCUUAGGAUAGAUUUGGUUGCGGAUCGGUUCACCGGGCAACGCCAAAGCAGGUCUGCCACCUCUCCGCGCAGCGUUGGUUUUGGCUAGUGUGGGCUUCUGUGUGUGUAGGCCUGGGCACGCAGGCGUGUGUGGUAGCCUAAGUCGCUUCGGCAUGCAUGGGAUGGCGCGCCGCGCCUCUGCAUACAAAGGGUACGGAUGGGCCGGAGGCCCUCUGCUCAGUCUAGAGGAGAACCGGAUUUGCCCUGCCCCGAAACCCAAAACAUUGGCAGAGGCGAGGGCGCAGGCGAACAAUGGCCCUCCGCCUCCGCGGAAGCCCGAACUUUUUGAGAUGCUUGUCUUGCAGGCCACUAACCUCACCCAUGAGCUCCUGUGGGCGAUCGCCUCGAAGGUGCAUUCCUGGAUGGGCGCGUACAACUAUCACUUCGGCUGGGGUUCCCUGUCGGCGACGAAUAACUGCCAAACCUUCACGAGCAACCUGCUGAAUUUAUUCGUUAGCCCGAGCGCUAUGCUCGGAUAAAAUGCAAACUGGACGAACGCGAAAAAAAUCACAAAAAUGGCGGCCGUUUGGAACCUGAGGGGGGCCCCGGGCGGGGCUACCAUCCGGCGGCCCUUUGGCGCGGGGGGGCUGCCGUGCAUGUGCUUCAAAAAAAAUGGUUGCACACCCGAGGCCGCCACUAGAAUCGCAGACGCGCCGCGCGCUUGGGCGAUGGACCAGAAAUAUUGGCCCGGGGCCGCCGCUCGCAGCAGUUAUUGCGCAAAACCAAGCGGCCGCGGCGCUGCGUAGGCAAUUCUUGCACUUGGCCUGCCGGCAGAUUUUUGGGUGGCCAGGAAUUGCACUUGGGGCAGAAUGGAAUCAGUCAGAGGCCCCCGGGGCGGCUUCGGGCGUUAUUGGCUUGGUGGUGACCGGUUCCGGGAUUUCGAAAAGCCCAAACCCGCGGCAGAUUCGCGACGGGCCAUGUUCGUGCCUUUCUGCAGGGCUGCACGGCUGACCUGCCUCAGGCAGACAGGCCCGGGCGGGUUUCCGCCCUAGUUCCAGGCGAGGGAUUUUCUAAAUUGGGGCGGCCCCGGGGCCCCAGCAGGGCUCCCGGGCUGGCCCGGUGUGUACGCGCGGCCGGCUCCUUUCUGUUGGGUGUUAACCGGGCCGGCUUUUCGUUGGUUUCUUUGCCCACGCACCGGGCGCCGGGCCUGUCGCCCGUCCGUCCGUCGGGCUUCCUUGUGUGCGUUUUGUGGCACGGGGCUGCCGGCUUGCCUGUUCAUUUCGUUGGCCCUCCCCCGGCAGGGGUCUUUCGGUUUUGGGCGAGGCCGGGCGCACGGGUCCGCGCGCUAAAUUGGUCCGCUCAGGUGGCACGGGGGGCAGCAGGAAGACAGACGCCGCCUUCUUUGUUGGCGUUUGUUUUGCGCCUCUGAGAGCCAUCCAGACCAGGGGUUUUGGGCAGGCUUCAGGGCUUUGUGUCUGCUAACCCAACUGCUAGCUGUGAUCUAAACUCAGCGCGUGGCCUUGGGCCUGCUCGCCUCCCUGUGGCUAAUUGCACAAGGUAGGGAGCCCCAAUGCGUUUUCCCUGCUGUUCGGGCAGAAGAGAAAAUCUCACUUGGCCUCCCGCUUUGCUUAGCUCCGGAGGGGGCUCAGUCUAACAACAAACGGGCAUACAAGUUCGCGAGCUUUUUUAUUUUUUUAUACCCAAAUAAAGAAUGGCACUACCACUACCCCAACGGCCGCCCCAACUAGCCAGGGGCUUCCAGGGAUUGUCUUUGGCGUUUAGCAGGGGGACGGACCCCCCGUCGGGGGGGCGUGAAGUUAGCAGGCAACCUUUCUGUGCCCCUCUGUCUUCCGGGAUGGGCCCCCGGCGGCCAUCGCUGGAGUACAGUGGCCGGGUGUGUGAGGUGAGCGUUCCCAGGGGCCCGCCCCCGAGAUUUGUCGUUCUAUCUUUGUUAUCUGAAUUUCGCCCAACGAAGUUGCCUGCUUCCUCGCCCGCCUCCAUUGGCAGGCUUCCUUCUCUCUGUCGUGCUUCCGGUGCGGGCUUCUGGUUUUGGGGGGUUUGCAAGUUAGCAACCUCGCAGAGCCCGACGGAUCUUAUUAGGGCGCCUGGGCCUGUCUGCCUGAUUGCAUGCCAGCCCCGCCCCGCCCGCCCGGGCCCGCGCGCCUCUUCGCAGUCGCCCCGCCCGCCGGUGGUUCUUCGUUGGGCUCCGUUUCGCUGGUCUCCGGGUCUUGUGCCGCGCCGGCCCCUCUUGGAGGGGGCUCACCCACUCGCCCGCGGCGAAGUCCGGGGCGAAAGGUGUCCGAGAAGGGCAGCGCGCGCGCUUUCUGUGGUGUUUCGUACCUUUCAGGGCCGGCUCCCCUCCCGCAAGGGCAGCCGGGCCGCGUGAAGUGUCAGUCUGUGCCGCGGCGGCUCUCUUCGGUCCGGGCUUUGCCGCCUUCCCGAUUUUUAUUUGUGUAAGCGCGUAGCGCGACCGCCCCAGCCCCAGGCGCGCGGCCCGAGCAAGCUGCUCCGGCCAUUCCCCUUUGUUGGAAGGAUGGAUGGCCACCCGGCUGCAUAUUGAUUCGGAACCAUGGCCCCGGGGCGAAGCGCUUCACCGACCUGCGAGAGCAUUUGGAACGGCCCUGAGGUUUCGGGGUUUCGGCCGGGGGCGGGGGUUUCAUUCGAUCGCUUUCUUCUUCAAUUCGGCAGGGGGUUCGGUUUUCCCGGGGAAACCAUAGAAGAAGGGCCCGGCCGGAGGCGGGUCGCCUAUUCACGUCGGGGGCUAGCUUGGCCAAAGGUUCGCGACCCCGAUCGGAAUAGAGGCCCAGGACGAGAGUGGCGGGCGCAGUGUGUAGAUUAUGACUAGCAGCCCCAAAAGCGGCCGGCAUAAGAUGCCCCGGCAGGCAGCAGAAGGGUUGCCGCCCCAUCAUUUGCCCCGGUUUUCCCUCUUCUGGGUUGGCCUGCGUUUUGCGUUUUAAUUAUUUCGUUUUGGGGGUUUUUCUUUUUUUUUGAAGAUUUCGCCAGAAAAUUUCGCGAGGCGCGCAGACUCCUCGCACCAAACCCGGGCAAGCAUUCCCCUUGGGAACAAACCACAGCCGCGAACGGUGUGAGUCAGUCUCGAAAUAUACUGCCGCGCCGCCCCAGCGCUACCUAUACCCAGUCCGCCACCCCCGCCCCCCCCUCCGGCUCCGGCUUGGGCUCUGGAAUGUGCAAAGCCCCGGCCCGCCAGUCUUUCCGUGGAGUCUGCCGAUCUUUGUCCGCCUCGCUCGCCCCCAUGGGCAGGCCGGGCGGCCGGCUUUUUCUUACUUGGUUCCCGUGAGCGUUUUCAGCCCCGGCCAAGUGGGGCGGGCCCCGUUUUCUUGGCGUCCGUGCUUUUGCCAAAUCCCGAAGCCGAUGGAUCGAUGCGAUUGGUGGCCAGUGAAGAAACCGAAGGCAACGGCCCGGGGCCUCUGAUUGGUGGGCGGGCCGGGGGCGUGUUUCUUUCAAGCAAAAAAGCAGGAGGGCGCCCCAAGCAGGGGACGCGUUGGGGGAGGGGCCGCGCGCUUGGUAGGCGUUAAGCAGGCACCCUCAGCAAACUAAGAUGCAGGCCGCGGGGCCUGCGCCACCGACCCACGUACUGGCGGGCCCCGCAGCGGGCCGCGUCUUCGAUGCGCCCCGCUUCGGGGGGCGAGCGUUUUCGCGGGGGGGCCCCGCCCCCCUCGGCGGCCUGCUUUUAGGGUGGCAGAACAGCCUCCGGCCCAGCUGCGGCGAAGGCGGGCGCCUUUUUGCGCGACGAAGAAUGCGAAAUGGGGGAGAUUGAAAGUCCUGCCUUUUUCUGUUGUCCAGCUUUGUAUUUUGUCCGCCCAUAGAUUUAGAUGAUCCCAAGGCAAAGGCGGUCACCGUGCAGAAGGCGUCCCGCUUGUUUGGCGUAGGAACACGGAACCCCCGCGAAGCUCAGCCCGGGUUGCAGCCGCUCGACCCGUUAUACCGCAACUAA